GCUUUUCUCCUAAUAACAAUUGAUAUGUAACGGAUUUCCUCUGUUUCUCUCCUCAUCUCUGUUUUCUCGAACAAUGUCUGAUCCUUCCUCUUCACCUUCUUCCGCUUCCGCAUCUCCGACGGACGCCGCUUCGUCACAGACCUCCAGUACCGAAGUUCCAUCGGCCGAUUCCAUUGCCAAAACGCAAGCAGCCAUCCACUCCCUUAAUCCUAUCCUCACCUCCAUCCCUCGUUACCUCUCCUCCUCCCCCGAUCCCUUCGCGCUCCUCCACGACCCCGAUAUCUCCUCCCAAAUCUCAGACCUCCUCCGCCACCCCGACUCCGGAACCGUCGAUAAUAACGUCUGUCGCUGGCUCUACGACACCUUCCAAACCUCCGAUCCUGCCCUCCAGCUCGUCGUCCUCCGCUUCCUCCCCAUCAUUGCUGGAGUCUACCUCUCCCGCGUCCCGCUCCGGAAAACCCUAUCCGGCUUUGAGGCUGUUUUAUUAGCGAUUUACUCCCAUGAAACCACGUCUCGUAAUGGCCAAUCAAUCACUGUAAACAUCCCGGAUUUAUCACAUCCGAGUAUUUACCACGAAGCAAAACCUACCGCAAAAAACAAUGCAACGGAAUUCAACGUCGCUAUAAUCUCCCCGACUCUGGACCCCCACAGGACCGUGAGAUCCACGCAAAGGGCUAAAAUUGUUGGGGUAGCCCUGGAAUUGUAUUACAGCAAGAUUUCCCAGAUGCCAGUAAGGUCCAAAAUCGAUUUCUGCGAGCAUUGUGAAAUCUGGGCCGGUCAAGAUGGUAGCAUGUACAGGGACGACGAAGUCAAACAAGGAGAUGAAGAUGGGGAGAAAGAGACGAAAGCGGGGUUCAAGGAAGGGAGAAUUCCGUUGCCAUGGGAACUUCUGCAGCCUGUUCUGAGGAUCCUGGGACAUUGCCUUCUUGGUCCUCACAGGGACAUGGCCCUGUUCGAUGCUUCCCAUGCAGCAAUUAGGAGCCUCUACGCCAGGUCCAUUCAUGAUAUUGAUCCCAGGGCAAUUCUGACCACCGGAAGUCUUCUCCGACUUGGCAAAAUUGCUUUGGAUCCGAAGUUCAAUAUUGAUCAUACCGAAGUCAAAAUGACCAAUGUCAUUUCUCUGUAAUGUGUCUGUUUUCAUUAAUUCCAGUCAUCAAUUUUAACG